CUUGAACUGGCUGAUGUAGUUUUGACAGAGCUCUCAAACCUAAUGCACAAAUGUCAAAAGAUGUAUUUGGGAUGUUUAAACAAUUUUUCUGCAUGUCUUGUAAAGUUUUAAAAAGCAAUGUGUACUGUUUCCUCAAAAAAGGCCUUAGAACGUAUUGAAAAGUCUUAAAUUUAUGAACAAAAGUAGCAAUUAACGAUAUUUUUAUUGGUUGCUGCAGUCAGCAAUAUUAGUUAUGUAUUGCUGUUGAACGAAGUGGGAAAAGUGGGAUUAAUUUGACAAUGUAUUUAGCAUGCAGGAAGCCAUUAAAUCCUUUUAUGUAGAGGUUCAGUCAGCACCAUCAGACCUGCAGGAAAUGCUGUCACUAUUGCUGUUAACAUAAACCAGGCAGUGAUCAUAUCUCUGUGCCAGCAGCAUCAAUGAAGAUUACUAAAUUCAGUGAGUGAAUUCAAGGUAUUUUACAUAAUGUCAAACAGCUGCUGCUGGGGUCCAACCUCUCAUUCUCUCAAUAAGCAAUAAGCAUGCUCAUGCAGGACUGUGUGACUGGGUUAAAGCUUAUGCUUCAGGCCUUCUGUAAUCCAUUGUGAUUUGACUGUAUUACACAUAUUCGUAAACCCCAAAAUAACAAAAGGUUUGCAGAUUAAUGCAGAUUAGUACACUGAUAUUUUUAUGAACAAAUCAAUGUGUUUUUCCCUGGUGCAAAACUGCUGUUUGAAUUCAUAAACACCAUUUUUGAUGCUGAUAAAAUUUGUCAAAAUUGUGUUACAAGUCUCCUGUUUUCUGUAAGUAUGGGUGGUGAUGAUAUAUAUAUAUAUAUAUAUGGUGCAGGCUUAUCACCAAGUCAAUUAUACAAUGACAUGAGAAAAUUGUGAGUUUGUGUGGUUACCUUUAAAUCCAUUAUAUACUUUAUUGUUUUGUUACUUAAUAGCGCAUCACAUUAUAUAUAUAAUAUUCAUAAACACUGAACAGCAAUCAUUUACAGUUUGUUCUCUCUGAUGUUUUUAAAGAUUGUACAAAGCAUUCACCUGCAGGUGUCGCACUGACUCCGUACUCAAUACCUAAUGCAUAUAACCUUUUCUUUUAUUUUAGCAAAUGACUUACCCUAAUCAAUCACUUUAAACAAAUAAAAAUAAAUUGAAUUGGUGCAUAAAUUAUACCCUGGUUUAAUCCAUUUGCAUGUAACAAUUGCGCUCAAACUGCAUGUGAAGCGCGUUUAAUCUGAAACAGCCCCCACAAACUGCCGCUGGACCCUAACUCCAGGACGUUUUAUGUAUUCCUGUUAUUAAUAGUGCAAAUAAACCUGCUUGCUGUAAUGAGAAACUAAUUGUCCUGACUGACUACAGCCUGCAGGCCAGUCCCAUAAUCAAACAGAUGGAGAAAGCUGAUCUCAGGGCAGAUGAGGGAGAUCCCCGUGCGUGUGGACUUUAGAGGCACGUUUGUAAAUCCUGAAGAUCCUCAGUUCAGGGCAGUGAGAGAGGAGCUGACCCGCAGAAGCUGCUGCAGGAGAGAGGGAAUACGUUUAUUAUCUGCAGAUAAUCUGGAGAUGAUGUAUCCCACACGCGUUUACCUCAGUUGGAGUCUCCUGGCUGUAGCUGUGAUCCCCGUGUCUUUAGGUGAAAUGUAUACGUCGCUGCUGAACGUCAAGCAGGCGAUCGGUGUUGAACGCAAGCUGAUCGAUUACUUGAGAACUUACAUUGACCACGAGUCAGAGCGACUGGAAGACAUCAAGCGCUUUUAUGCCAAAGUGUCAGACCUGCACACUGAACUUUACCAAGGCCCGGCAACCGCGAUGGCAAACCCGCUGGUGGCAUUCAGCCUGAUCAAGAGGCUGCAUUCAGAGUGGCUGAAUGUAGUCCACAGCAAUGAAGCCCUGGAGAACACACAAGCCCUCAGGUCCAGUUACAAGGAGGAAGAGGGCGAUCUGCCCAAACUGGAAGACCUCCAGGGGGCCGCCAAGGGCCUGAUGAGGCUGCAGGAUGUGUAUGCUCUCCAGGUUGCGGGCCUCGUAAGGGGUCGUUUCCAGAGAGUCACUAAUGGCGAGCCUAUUGAUGUCUACCUGCCCGCAGUGUCUGUCGCGCUGUCUGGUGAUGACUGCUUUCUGGUUGGAAAGGUACACAAUCCAUUAUUUUCCUUUAUUUUUUCCUCCCGUUGUUUUAACAGUUAUUGAAAUGUAACCAUGUUAGAAGUUUAAAGGGGAAAUCACUCUUUGGGGAAACUACUAACAACUCUUUUCAGGGUUCACAGCCCAAACAUGUUGGGAACCACAGGUUUGUUCUUCAGCAAUGUAUUAGAUUCAAAGAUUUCAAUCGUAUUCUGCAAAGUAACAAUCUAUAGCUUGCAAUGGAGUAAAUGUAUAAAGUAAUAUGAAAUAAAAAUAUAAGGCACAAUACCUCAAAUUGUACAGGAGUGCAUUUCUCGAGGAUAUGUACUGUGCUACUCCCCACCAACUGUUUGUUCUUCUCAUCUGUAUUCCCUAAAAUUCAGCAAAGAAAUGUGUUGAGAGUGUUGAAAGAAGUCUGUCAUCCUUCGUGGUCUCUUUUCAGAGUAAAAUAAGCUGCGAGUGCACGAGUAAUGAAAGGGAGAGAUAUUUGAAAGAUGUUGCUGUGAAAGUGCCC